ACGCAGACAUUUGUCCCGAACGGUAGGUAAAUCCACUUCAGUCCGCCUGCCCCAGGCGCUGCCGACAUGGUCAGUGGGGCAACUGUAUGGAAUUAAGUUGCGCUGAUUCAUUAUAGAGUUGUAUUUACAUGGAAGUGUAUGUUUCUAUUUUAGGUUACCGAGAGUAACAGUAUUCUUAAACGUCAAGAGUUUGCGAGGAGGGUCCUGUGUGCAAAGAAAUAGGUGGACAGCAUUAUUCUAUGUAAACUUAACUGCGCGGCCAAAGAAUGGAACGUUCUUCAUCUGCCCAUAGAUUUAGGAACUCCAUGUACAGGCGAGAAGCUGAGGUAUGACACAUGCAAACUUAUUGAAGACUCUCAGGCGUAUUGCACCAAUGUGUUCCUCCAUAGACAGCUAGAACACAGUAUAAAAUGCAUAAAAGUCAUUCCUCCACCCCCACCCUCUCUACCACCUUCACCAUGCUGCAUGAGGAGAUCAGAGCAUUAGUGCUAGAGAAUUAACCAGGCUGGAAUGGGGUUGUGGGUAAUUAGAAGUGACAGGUACGACACAGACUCACGUAGUGCUUACAGAGGAAACAUUACUCACCAGGUAUAAUUUCACCCUCUAGUAUGCACAGUGAAGGCUAUGAAAUUCAGAUUUGAAUACACAUUUCCCUGAAGUCUUGGAUUUCUUUAUUGCACACAGUCCAAAUAUGCAAAACAUAGCGAGCAGUCCUGCACACAUCACCAUUUUGAACAACAGACUAAUCCUCUCAAGCACAGUAAACGAAGCAAACUGUAUGGGCUUUUCCUGGGGUGACACGUUUAGACUGAGAUUUCAAGAACAAACUCUUUUCAUGUCUGGCCCUUUCUUCUACUCUCCUCUUCCUCUUCCUCUCCCACUCCCUGUGCUGAGACUGUCUGGCUCCUGUUGCUUAGAUUGAUGCAGUACCCAUGAUUUCCUAUGUAAUUACUUAAUGGGAUAACAGUUUUGAGGACCACAAGGCCAGGCCAAAUCAACAGCUCUUAAAAAUGUUUACUUUUCCACCCAUGUGUAUUUGGUCUGCUGUAUAUGUACAGUGUGUGUUUUUUUGAAAACCUACAUCUUGUAUAGAUCAGAAUCAGGAAAAACCUCACUGCCAGUCAGUUCUCUGUUAGAUGUAGUCAUAUAGUAAACACAGAUGUCUAAAAUUACUAAUGAAAUAGUGUCUAAAAACCCAGAAAGUGACUCUUCUGCUCAUCAGCUGUCAAACUUAUCCAUCGACGACCCAGAGGACGCCGAGCUGGCCUACACCAUGCGGGACAUGCCCCCGCGAGUGGUGCACACGUUCCCUCGCGAUAUCCCUGUCAAGGAGGGCAGCACUCGCCCGCACACCCCCGGGACCCCAACUCACGCCAGCAGCUCCAUGGGCCGGAGCUACCUUGAGUCCGACCCAGAGGGCCUGCGGAGGUCCCAGCUGAGCUCCAUGAGCUCCCUGGACUCCUCCAUGAGCCCCUCACGCUCCAAAAGCCCCUGGGGGAGAUUUGACCCCUAUGACUCUGCUGAGGACCAGGAUAAGGAAUAUGUAGGUUUUGCUACACUGCCAAACCAAGUGCAUAGAAAGUCUGUGAAAAAGGGCUUUGCUUUCACGCUAAUGGUGGCAGGAGAGUCAGGCUUAGGGAAAUCCACCCUGGUUAACAGCCUCUUCCUCACAGACCUCUACAAGGACAGGAAAGUGCUGAAUGCUGAAGAGAGGAUCAUCCAGACAGUGCAGAUCACAAAGCACACAGUCAGCAUUGAGGAGAAGGGGGUCAGGCUGAGGCUAACCAUUGUAGACACACCUGGCUUUGGAGAUGCUGUCAACAAUACAGAGAGCUGGAAGGCAGUGGAGGACUACAUCGACCAGCAGUUUGAACAGUACUUCAGGGACGAGAGUGGGCUGAACCGGAAGAACAUUCAGGACAAUCGUGUGCACUGUUGCCUUUACUUCAUCUCGCCCUACGGUCAUGGUUUGAGGCCACUGGACAUUGAGUUCAUGAGGGCCCUCCAUGGCAAAGUUAACAUCGUACCUGUCCUAGCAAAGGCAGACAGUCUUACUCCAGCUGAAAUCAGGAGGAAAAAGAUUAAGAUCCGAGAGGAGAUAGAGAGGUUUGGGAUCCACAUCUACCAAUUCCCUGAUUGUGACUCUGACGAGGAUGAGGACUUCAAGCACCAGGAUCGGGAGCUGAAGGAGAGCAUACCAUUUGCAGUGAUAGGCAGCAACAUGCUCUUUGAGAGCAAGGGUCGGAGAUUCAGGGGCCGCAUGUAUCCAUGGGGUGUCGUGGAAGUGGAGAAUCCCGCUCACUCGGACUUCCUGAAGCUCAGGAACAUGCUGGUGCGCACUCACAUGCAAGACCUGAAGGAGGUGACCCGGGAGACGCACUACGAGAACUACCGGGCCCAGUGCAUCCAGAACAUGACCCGCAUGGUGGUCACGGAGAGAAAGCGCAGCCUGUGUAGCCGACUGAGAGAGAGCGCCUCUGACCUGCCGAUCCCACUGGUCCCAGUGGACAGCGAGACCGAGCGACAUAUAUGGGAAAAGGACGAAGAGCUGCGGCGGAUGCAGGAGGUCAUGCAGAGGAUCCAGGAACAGAUGCAGCUCGCCCACAAAGAUGGGUUCUAGAUCUAAAACUAUCCCCCUUACAUGUAUCCAAUCACCAAGUGUCAGCUCACUAAUACAGACAUACGGUGUAAGGCUUAGAGAGGCAACCGUUUUGGCAUUAAAGGAAAAACUCAAAAACUGACCCAAACUUCUCACAGACUCUCAUACCUACUUAAAAACCUACGAGUUGUGAGAAUCCAUUUCCCUUACUUUAAGAAGUAGCAAUCAUUUCCAACUCUGCAGAGAUUCAAAACAUUAUGCCACGUCCUAGACCACGUAAAGCCAGUCACAGGGUGUGUGCUGAGGUUUUUUUUUGGUUUGGUGAAUGUAUAAAUGAUAGUCUUCUCAAAAGGCCAGUCCUAGUGAUUGUUAUACUCCAAAACACAGUCCCCAUGCACCUGUCGACGAAGAGGAAUAGGAAUGAGCAUAUGAACCUGUUACAGGUUGUGAAAUUGUUGAGUUGGCUUCCUGAAAUAUUUCACCCAUCUGUGACUCAAACACAUUUUAUAUUUCAGUUAUUGUUUUGCCAUUCACUAUAUGGUACUAGAGUUUUGUCCAUCUCCAUUUUUUAUCAGAACCCACAUUAGGUAAGAAUGGUUGUGUUUAUGUGUUUUUUUGAUCUUUAGAUAUUUUUAUCAAAAGUUAUUGGUAGUGUAUUUUUAUUAUUAUUGGUCAGUGUCCUUACAGUGUAAGCCUACAAGAAAAUGAUGUAACCAAAUGUUGGAGAUUUUGUAUGAGGAGUGUUCAAUUCAACAUUAAUAUUUUCAUUAUCGAAUAAAGGUACUAUUUGUUAUGGUUUGACAAUUAUAAUGCAAGUCAUGUUUAUCCUGUACAUUUUCUUUCAUUUACUUUGAUUUAAAAAAUAUUUCAAAAUGGACCAGUACAAGUCCACUGAAAAUAAACCCCAGUAAAUGUAGUCAGGUAGGAUUAGGUAAACAAGCACUAAUGAGUCAGUGGAAAUACUGUAGCCUACUGGUGUAUGUACUAGUUCUACAGAUCUCAGCAAUAACUACAGCAAUAAGAGCACAGAUUAAACGGAGUUGUAAAUGUCA